AUGCGGUUGACAAGUCGAGUCAACGCGUUGCUCAUCAUCAUGUUGAGAGGGAGCAAGAUGCUCGCGUUCAUAUCUCUUUUUCUCGUCGCCAGCUGCUCCACUCGCGCAGCUGUCGGUCAGAACGUCUCUGUCGCCACAAUACAUUCUCGGUCACCCGGUGAUGCCGAUUUGCUGACGUUCCAAGGCCGCCCCACCAGUCGCGCUCUGGCGGGCGGUGACGCAUCGGCGGAAGGCGUUGGCGGAGCAGCACCGCGGCAGGCGCAGGUAGCGGGACGCGCGGGACCAGCAUCCGCGGAGGUGGUGGGGAGUGCGGAGACUGAGGAAGGAGGGCCGGUGGCGUUUGGGGGGCGUCGGAUUUCGUCGCUGACAGGCAUCGCAACAGCAGGGAGUCAGAUGAAGGGGCGGAGUCCCGCGGAUGGGCUAACCCCGCGGGGCGUGCGCGGAACUACAGGGGCAGAGAAAGGCGCGCAAACGCGGAGGCGGGGGCGGAGGCUGGUGCUUCAGUAUCAAGCAGUGCGCCGUUCGGUCCAAGACUAUGCUCGGGUCCUCCCGUUACUACAACCAAUCGGUACAAUCACUCUCCUUCAGACCCCUCUGGUACCAUCUCUCGCGUCACCCGUUCGCUCCCUCCCCCUCCGGAUUUCCUCCUCUCUCUUCCCAUUCCCUCCCUCUCUCUCUCCCCCCAUUCCGUCCCUCUCUCCAUCCCCAUUCCCUCUCUCUCCCUCUCCCCAUUCCCUCCCUCCCUCCCUCCCCAUUCCCUUUCCCUCCCUCUCCCCAUUCCCCCCCUCCCUCCAGCCCCCCAUUCCCUCCCUCUCCCUCUCCCCAUUUCCUCCUCGUCUCCCUCCCCAUUUCUCCCCUUCUUUCUCUCCUCAUUCGCUCCAUCUCUCCCUUCCCAUCACCUCUCUCUCUUCCUCCCUCCCUCCCCAUACCCUCCCUCUCUCCCUCCCAUUCCCUCCAGCUCUCCCUCCCCAUCUCCUCUCUCCCUCCCCAUUCCUCCAGCUCUCCCUCCCCAUCUCCUCUCUCCCUCCCCAUCUCCUCUCUCCCUCCCCAUUCCUCCAGCUCUCCCUCCCCAUCUCCUCUCUCCCUACCCAUCUCUUCUCUCCCUCCCCAUUCCUCCCGCUCUCCCUUCCCAUCUCCUCUCUCCCUACCCAUCUCAUCUCUUCCUCCCCAUUCCCUCCCGCUCUCCCUACCCAUUUCAUCUCUCCCUCCCCAUUCCUCCCGCUCUCCCUCCCCAUUUCCCCUCAUGUCCCAGUGUCUCAACCACCUUUCACUCCCUACACAGCUUUCCGUUCCCCUCCCUUCCUCGCUAGUUCCCUCAUUUUUCCCAGUCCCAACCCUCCAAUAUCCUCCCCACAAGGCUUCCCGUCCCAUCACUUCCCCCUCUUUUCCAUCUCAUGCCCGAAUUUCCACUGA